AUGCCCCGCCCCUCAUCGGGCCCCACCUCCUCCUCCAGGGGCGGUGCGCGCGCUGGCGGCGGCGGCGCCCUGGCUCUGGCUUCCCGGGCGUUGCGGGCUGGAGGCGGGCGGCCCUGCGGCGGGAGCCGCGUGUCCGCGCGGAUGGUCUGGCUGGUUCACUCGGCCGCCGGAGCCCGUCUGCGUCCCGCGGUGCCACUUCCCGUGCCUCUGCACCCGUCCCCCUCGCUGUCCCGGGGCCCCGUCGGCCGCUCAGCGCGCAGGCUUCCCGGUGUCCGCGGCCCCGGGGUGCUCGUUCGCGUCGGGAUGCGGCUGCCCGCACACCAGCGCGGCCGCCCAUGGUUGCUUCCUCAGCCUCGGGGCCGCUUUCUGUUGGCGCUGCAGCGGGCUGCGGGGCUCGGCAGCGCCGUUAGGGCUGCAGCCGUGGGUUCGGGGGUCUUAGGGUCCUUGGGCUUGGAAUCGGGAAGUCGGGGAGCGCGUCCAAGCGCAGGGCUCUUACGUGGUGCUUCCAGCAGCCGGGACCCCUGGUGUGCCUUAGAACAAACACACUUGCGCAGCCAUAGCGGGUGCGCUGGGCCGAAAUCUUUACAUUUCAGGGAAAGAGAAACAUGCCAACCUCCAGGCAUGUUUCUUUUUGCCGGAUGUAUUUUAGGUGCAUCUUGGACGGCUUACCGCCGUGGAGAUUCUGCAGAAGGCAUGCUGGUGGUUUGCAGCUCUGUCUUUCUGGCAGCUCUACCAGCUCAGUCUUCAGGGAAUAUAAAAGCUUGAGCAACGGAGAAAGACAAGUACCAAAUGAUUUCACUCACAUGUGGA